GUCUCCAAUUAAUAAUUUUCCGAAUUAAAAAGGGGGCCGUACUGAUACGCUAUCUUCUGAUGAAAAAGAUACAUACUAAUAGCUUUCAUAACUCGCACAACCUUUUCCUUCUUCAGUUCUUGUUCUUCAUCUUCUCGAAGGGACGACUAUUCACACACACACAUAUAUAUAUAUAUGUAGAGAGAGAAAGUGGAAGACGGGGAGAGAGAGGGGGAAAGGAAACGAGAAAUGCAGAGCUUCAAAGCAGCAGCUCCUCCCACUAACUCCGAUAUGUAUUGUCACUCCCCCUUCUUAGUACUUGGAGGUGAUGAGAGUGGCCGAAACCAGACGCGUUUUGCGGAUCUUGGGGAACUUGAACAAUCAGCAGCUGGGUUUCAUCAUCAGGACGAUGCUGUUGAUUUAAGCACAAGCUCUAUAUUUAACAAUGCCACAAAGUCGGGCAAUGUUUUUGUCUCUGACAACACGCCAUUCGGAGGACUCAACACGAACAUUAGUUCAACAGAGAUGGGUUCUUCAGGAACAGGGGUGGAUACAGGGCAGUUCAUGGUGCAGGUGGGCGUUGGUGGGUCAUUGGGAAAUGGGCAUUUUGAGAACUGGGGAGAUUCUGGAAUGGCAGACAACAGCCAACAGACUGACACCUCCACAGAUGUUGACACUGAUGACAAAAACCAGUUUGGUGGAGUUCAGCAUGGAGCAAUCAUGGUUGUGGAUUCAAUGGAUCAAUCCAAGGGAAAAGCUGGGGACCAGAAGACACUUCGUCGGCUGGCUCAGAAUCGAGAAGCUGCACGGAAGAGUCGAUUGAGGAAGAAAGCAUAUGUUCAGCAGUUGGAGAGUAGUCGGCUGAAGCUUACACAACUAGAGCAGGAACUUCAACGAGCACGUCAGCAGGGCAUGUAUAUUUCAACUGGAUAUUCUGGAGAUCAGGGUCAUUCAGUAGGUGGGAACGGUGCCUUGUCGUUCGACAUGGAUUAUGCACGCUGGCUUGAUGAACAUCAACGUCUGAUCAAUGAUCUGAGAUCAGCUGUAAAUUGUCAUAUGGGUGAUAAUGAGCUGCACCAUCUUGUUGAUGGUGUAAUGUCACAUUAUGAUGAAAUAUUCAGGCUGAAAAGCAUUGGUGCAAAGUGCGAUGUAUUUCACAUGCUUUCGGGCAUGUGGAAAACUCCUGCUGAGAGGUGUUUCAUGUGGCUGGGUGGAUUCCGGUCAUCUGAAUUUCUAAAGAUACUCGGAAACCAUCUUGAACCUUUAACGGACCAACAGUUGGUGGGCAUAUGCAAUCUGCAGCAGUCCUCCCAACAGGCUGAGGAUGCUUUGUCACAAGGAAUGGAAGCUCUGCAACAAUCCCUUAUAGACACACUUUCCUCCAACUCUCUGGGGCCGACUGGCUCUGGAAAUGUAGCCGACUACAUGGGACAGAUGGCAAUCGCAAUGGGAAAGCUUGCCACACUCGAGACCUUCCUUCAUCAGGCUGACCUCUUGAGGCAACAAACUUUGCAACAAAUGCAUCGAAUUUUGACCACUCGUCAAGCAGCCCGUGCCCUUCUUGUCAUCAGUGAUUACAUGUCACGCCUCCGGGCCCUCAGUUCUUUAUGGUUAGCUCGCCCCAAGGAUUGACAUUACCAUCUUCCAAGCCUGUAGAUUAUAGCAAUGCUUUCGAUAAGCUAUUCCACCUCCAUUAGAUAGCCACCAGAAGUGACUCCGCGGUGAAGAUGGUAACCAGCAUCAAAACUGUGCCCAAGUUAACCCUUCUUUUUCUGCUGUUGGUGUACUCUUGCCAAUGGGCAUGGUUGACAUCUCCAUCCCGCCUUUCAGAAAUUUUAGUCUGACGACAAACUUUCGUAUACUAAUGGGUAGUUUCAACCAGUUUCGUUCGGUUGCUAACAUUGACUGACCGUGUUGUAAUUAAGCAUGUCCUAUGAUCACUGAUCAGUGAUGUAAGUUGUAACCUGUAUUAAGAUAUUACUAAGGCUUUGAAAUCUUAGUAAUGGUCAUGGCUGUUCCUGAAAUAUGAAUUGUAAUGUUAUCAUUCCGGAGUUUGCCUUUGUAAUUCUUAAAUUACAAAUUUCUGUGUUUGUUUGUUUGUCCUCUAGGUUUUUAACAAUACGAGGCAUGAAUUUCUCAGUUCGGUUGCCAUUUCUU